AUGCCGAAGUCAACUGCUGCAGAGAAGGCCCCGCCGUCGCUGAAGGUUUUACGGGUGAAAUUGAAGGAAAUCCAAACCAGCUUUUCCGACAUUUGGAUGUUUGUCGACGGGUACAGAGAGGAUUCAACUCAGGGUCAAAUUGAGGUUCGAUUGGGUAAAAUUGAUGAGCUGUGGGAAAACUUUUGCGACACUUUAGUUCAGAUCAAAGCGCACGAUGACUUUAAGGAGACCGAUGAUUUAUUUGACAAGGAACGGCAAGAUUUGAGCAACCAGUACUACUUUUGCAAAGCAUUUUUGGUUGAUCGAGCUAGAGAAUUUGCGGUGCCGGAUUCGAUCAAUCACACUGUUCGAAUGAACGAAUCGUCAGGCCAUAGUGGGAUGGAUCAUGUGCGGUUGCCUCAGAUAAAAUUACAAUCUUUUAAUGGUGACAUUGAAGAUUGGCUUGGAUUCCGAGAUCUGUUUACCUCGUUAAUCCAUUGGAAGACAGAUCUUAGCGAAGUUGAAAAAUUUCAUUAUUUGAAGGGUUGUCUUGAAGGGGAGCCAAAAACCCUGAUAGAUUCACUUCAAAUUACGCAGGCCAAUUACACAGUAGCGUGGGAAACAUUGCUCAAACGCUACAACAAUAGCAAGCAGCUAAAGAAACGACAAAUCCAAGCCUUAUUUUCUCUUCCCCAUCUGAACAAGGAGUCGACAGUGGAUCUUCACUUCCUGCUGGAAGGUUUCGAAAAGAACGUUCAAAUCCUCGAUCAAGUUGUGCAGCCAGAGAACUACAAGGAGCUUCUCUUGGUGCAUCUUCUCUCAACACGUUUGGAUCCCGUCACACGUAGGGGGUGGGAGGAAUUAUCAGCUAGCAAGGAGGCGGAUACUCUCGGAGAUUUGACGGAGUUUAUUCGGCGGCGGAUUGCGGUUCUAGAGGCGCUUCCAUCCAAGGCAUUGGAAUUGAAGGGUGGUUAUCAGCAGACAGCGGGACAGAAGCAGAAACCAUACGUUCGGGUCAGCAACAACGCUUCACAGCAGCAGCAACAGCAAACGGGACAUCAGGCUCGGAAUUGUCCAUCGAAAUUCUCCUGCAAGCAGUGUAGUGGUCGUCAUCAUUCGCUGGUGUGCUUCCGCUCUGAAAACAACAGUAACGGCCAGGUUUCAGCAAACGCAUCGAGGAAUGAUUCUCUCUCCGACGAUCAGGAAGCAGAAUCAUCGACACGUGUGGCGAACAUGGCAGCUCCAAUUGGUUCAACAGUGAAUUCAGCUUCGCAAUUUCGAUCUCGUGUUUUACUAGCGACAGCGGUGGUCAUUAUUGAAGACGAUAUGGGUAAUCAGCUUCCGGCAAGGGCGCUGUUGGAUUCCGGAUCUGAGAGUAAUUUUAUGACUCAACGGCUUAGUCAACGGAUAACGGUUUCUCGAAACAAGGUGAAUGUUUCGAUUCUCGGCAUUGGGCAAGUUGCAACGAAGGUGAAGCAGAAGGUCACCGCUGUGGUGAAGUCUCGUACAUCUGAAUAUGCUCGUGAACUUAGUUUCUUGGUUUUACACAAGGUUACGGCAACUCUUCCGACAGCAGAUGUCAACACUGGUGGAUGGAAUAUUCCUCAGGGAAUUUCGCUAGCUGAUCCAGCCUUUUUCCAGUCCAAUAGCGUGGACCUCGUCUUGGGAAUUGAGUGCUUCUUCGAGUUCUUCGAAACUGGUCGAAGAAUAUCGCUUGGAGCAAAUUUGCCAGCACUCAAUGAAUCAGUCUUCGGAUGGAUCGUAUGUGGAGGUGUUUCUCAACCGGAUAGCUCACUAAGAGUCAGCUGCAACGUCUCGGCGAACGAGACACUUGACAUGCUGGUGUCACGGUUUUGGGAAUCCGAGGAGAUUGGAUCAAAGAGGAACUAUUCCCCGGAGGAAAGUCUAUGUGAGGAGAUUUUUGAGCAGACGGUUCAGCGGAAUUCAAGUGGGCGAUACAGUGUUGCUCUGCCAACGAAAAAGAUUGCGGUGUCAAGGCUCGGUGGCUCCAGAGACAUUGCUUAUCGACGGCUCUUGGGUACCGAACGUCGAUUUGCUCGAGAUACAGAACUGAAGCGCCAAUACAUGGAAUUUAUGGAAGAGUAUCAUCAACUUGGUCACAUGCGGAAGGUUCCGGCGGAGGAUAUUGGCAAUUUCAGAAGGUGUUUUCUGCCACAUCAUCCGGUAAUAAAGGAGGCGAGUACGACUACCAAGGUGCGCGUAGUCUUCGAUGCCUCUUGCAAGACAUCUUCGGGAGUUUCGCUCAACGACGGCUUGAUGACCGGGCCGGUUGUACAGGAUGACCUCAGGUCCAUCAUUAUGCGGUGUCGGACGAAGGCUAUUAUGCUGGUGGCAGACGUGGAGAAGAUGUUUCGCCAAAUUGAGAUUCAACCCGAAGACAGACCUCUCCAGUGUGUGUUAUGGCGCAACAAUCCGAACGAGGAAGUAGGUGUUUACGAGCUGAACACGGUGACCUACGGCACGAAGCCGGCACCGUUUUUGGCUACCCGGACUCUGCAACAGCUCACAUCAGAUGAGGCAGCUCGUUUUCCAUUAGCGGCGCAAGCGAUGGCGGAUGACACCUACAUGGACGACGUCAUUACCGGAGUGAACAUCCUCGAAGAAGCUAUUGAGCUCAGGAAGCAGUUGGAGCAGAUAACGGAAAGUGGAGGUUUUCGACUACGCAAGUUUGCCUGUAAUCGGUCGGAGGUUCUUCAGGGUAUUCCGGAAGAUAAUUUAGCGAUUCCUGGGUUCGUGGAUUUGGAUCCAGAUCCCUCUGUCAAAACUUUAGGACUGACUUGGUUGCCUGGUCCGGAUACCUUCAUGUUCCAGUUUAAUUUGCCAAAAAUCGAAGACCUGAAGUUAACGAAACGCAACGUUCUCUCUGUUAUCGCCAUGUUAUUCGACCCCCUAGGGUUGCUGGGAGCCACUAUUACAAUGGCGAAAAUCUAUAUGCAACAAUUGUGGACUCUUCAAAACUCGGAAGGCGAUAGACUUGAUUGGGACGAGCAACUACCUUCCACGGUGGGUGAGCGUUGGCGAAAAUUUCACGAGGAGUUGCACUGGCUGAACACCAUCAGAAUUGAUCGCUGUGUUAUUCUCCCCAACCCGACUGAGCUCGAACUUCAUUGUUUCUCGGACGCUUCUGAGAAGGCGUUUGGAGGUUGCAUCUAUAUUCGUAGCAGAGAUUCUCACGGUCUGGUUUGGACUAGAUUGGUUUCGUCGAAAUCCAAAGUGGCCCCAUUAAAAUGUCAAUCGAUAGCACGUCUCGAACUCUCUGGAGCGUUAUUGAUUGCAGAACAAUAUGAAAAGGUGAAGGAUUCCUUGAAAAUUGCGGCUAAGGCGUUUUUCUGGACCGAUUCGACCUGCGUUUUGCGGUGGUUGCAAGCGAUUCCGACUGUGUGGACGACGUAUGUGGCAAACAGGGUGUCGAAGAUUCAAUCUAUCACUCAGGGAUGCAAGUGGAACCAUGUACCAGGCAUUGAGAACCCGGCGGACUUAAUAUCGAGAGGAGUGUCGCCAGCAAAUAUCGUAGAGAACCAAUUUUGGUGGAAUGGACCAGCCUGGUUGAGUGAAUUAUCGGAUGGUUGGCCUCAAGCGCCAGCUUUUCGUGUUCAAGAAGAAGUAGAUGAGGAACUGCGUCGUACUACUGUUAUCGCUUUUGCCUCUGAAACAGAGGAUUUUGUUCAGAAGAUAGUGUUUGCGGAUGAAUGGAAGAUGUUAACGACAGGGAAAUCGGUGUCUAGGAGCUCGCCGAUGCGGUGGUAUAACCCAUUUUUAUCAACGGAAGGAGUUAUUCGACUUGGUGGAAGACUGAGGAAUUCUGAUGAGCCUAAUGACGCCAAAUAUCCGGUUGCACUUCCUGCUAAGCAUCAACUUUCGACGUUGCUUAUCAGGGCCAAGCCAUCUCCAGUCCAACAGUUCAUGGGCGAUUUACCUGCUUCUAGAGUGACCAUCGCCCCAGCCUUCCGACGAAGUGGUGUGGAUUAUUUUGGUCCUGUUUAUGUCAGACCUUCACCCAGACGCCCAGCAGUCAAGGCCUACGUUUGUGUCUUCAUCUGUCUAUGCACAAAGGCGGUUCACCUGGAACUGGUCUCAGAUUUGACCACUGACCGGUUCAUUCAAGCGCUGCGCAGAUUCGUUGGUCGCAGAGGAAAAUGCGCAGAAAUACUUUCCGACAACGGGACCAAUUUCGUUGGCGCCCGUAACAAGAUGAGAGAACUUUUAAAACUUCUGAAUGAUCGUUCCCAUCGUGAUCAAGUGGCCAGAGAAUGCGCAAACUCCGGAAUACAGUGGAGGUUUAGUCCGCCCAGCGCCCCUCAUUUCGGUGGUCUCUGGGAGGAUGCAGUACGAUCAGCAAAGAAUCACUUGCUUAGAGUGCUCGGAGAAGAGCCAGUUUCGCCCGAAGAUUUCAACACCUUAUUGGUUCAGGUCGAAGCGUGUCUAAACUCCCGACCGUUGACACCCUGUUCAGACGACCCUAACGACUUGGAGCCCCUAACGCCUGCUCAUUUCAUCAUUGGUAGCUCACUCCAAGAAAUACCAGACGAGGACGUUUCGAAUGUGCCCUUCAAUCGACUUGGUAAAUGUCAGCAGGUCCAAAAACGGUUCCAGCUAUUUUGGAAGCGAUGGCGGAGGGAGUAUUUGUGCCAGCUGCAAGCUAGGACCAAGCGAUGGAAGUCCCCAGUUAGCAUCACCGAAGGAACCCUAGUUGUAUUGAAGGACGAGAACCUCCCACCUCUACGUUGGAAAAUGGCUCGUGUUCAACAGACAUACCCUGGCAGUGACGGAGUGGUACGAGUCGUAAAGCUGAAAACCGCACAAGGAUGCAUCGAUCGCCCUGUUGAGAAAAUCUGCAUCCUUCCCAUCGAACCCAGAGAACCCUUAACUGAUCUCGCUCAAGCCGGUGUUUUCAACUCGACCGGACUAGCGAGCAACGAACCGAGAUCUAAAAAUAGCCUGCACCAACUAGAUUUUUUCUACCCGGAAUCACCAAGCCAUCGAUCCAAACAAUACCCCAUCGAGGCCACCAGCAAUCAGUCGACGAUCAUCAGCCGGUAUUGUUCCGAGGGAAUCAUCACCAUCUGCUAUUGUUUCGCUUUCACUUUCGUCAGAGGCCGGUUGGAGGAUGUAGGAGGAAACAGUGAGAUUGCGGAACCAUUUUCCCUGGCAAAUGCGGAUGUGCCGCUCUCCUCUGCCCUGAUGAACGCUGCACGUUUCGCUGUAGGGCUUUCGGAAAUUUCGAAGGUUGUCGAAGGCCAAUGUUCACAGCAUCAACAACGACAAAAAGAAAUGUUCCUAUCAAGAAAACAACAGAAGCAGUCACGAAAACAAUCCCCCGUAAAAAAUUCAUCAAAAGCAAGAGCCACUACUGAUAAAGAGCUACUGGCUGCCGCAAAAGUCGCUUUUAAUAGAAAAUCAACUCCGAAAGCGAAGAUCCCGACCUUCAUCAACUUCCAACGGGGAGAAACAUUGAACCCCGGUCCUAGUUCUGCUUCACCAAAUGUGCUAAGGCAUCGAAAAAGGCCUUCAAAUAUUCCUGCGCCACCCCCGGUCUCUCCACACCUUCCGAACUCAUCAACAUACCAGAACAGUAACACGAUGACGACAGUGCCACCUGCUCAUCCAUACGCUACCUUCAAUCAGCCAUUCAACGCACCUCUAGUUGCACCGUGCUGUCACCACGACCCAUCGGCAUUAUAUUUCAACCCGGUAAUGUAUAACAACCCAUAUUUUCUGCCGAACCGACGCGUGCCUAUGUAA